AUGAAGGAGAGGCGCAUCCUUCGGGACAAGUUGUCCAGCUGUGAGAUGAGCAAGUACAGGGUGCGGCGAGUGAAGAACUGGCUGGCGGCAGGGCUCCAAGGGUUGUGGUAUGGCUUUGUUGAGUUCGAUGAUCUGCGAGAUGCAGAUGAUGCUGUUUAUGAGCUAAAUGGUAAAGAUCUUUGUGGGGAGAGAGUGAUCGUUGAGCAUGCCAGAGGCCCCCGUCGUGACAGCAGUUACGGUUCUGGACGCAGUGGAUAUGGUUAUAGAAGAAGCGGAAGAGAUAAGUACGGUCCUCCUACCCGUACAGAAUACAGAUUGAUUGUGGAAAAUUUGUCAAGCCGCUGCAGUUGGCAAGAUCUGAAGGAUUAUAUGCGUCAGGCAGGGGAAGUGACAUAUGCAGAUGCACACAAAGGAAGGAAAAAUGAAGGUGUGAUUGAGUUCAAAUCCUAUUCUGACAUGAAAAGAGCCCUUGAAAAGCUGGACGGGACAGAAGUAAAUGGCAGAAAGAUUAGAUUAGUGGAAGACAGACCUGGAUCGAGACGGCGCCGCUCUUACUCCAGAAGCCGAAGCCAUUCGAGGUCUCGCUCUCGAAGCAGACAUUCUCAUAAGAGCAGGAGCCGCACUGCCAGUAGUAGUCGCUCCAAGAGUAGAUCAAGAUCCAGGUCUGUGUCCCGUUCCAGAAGCAAGAGCCGUAGUCGAAGCAAGAGCCGUAGCAGAGGCCAAAAAGAGAAAAGCAGGACUCCAAGUAAAGAGGAUAAAAGUAGGAGCCGCAGCAGGAGUGCAGAGAAAUCCCGAAACAAAAGUAAAGAUAAAUCUGAGGGCACUCUCCAUAACAGCGAUGAGAAAGCAAAGAGCAGGAGCCGCAGCAAGGAAAAGAGUAGGAGCAGGAGCGGGAGUAAGGACAGGGGAGAGACGAGGGAGAGCAUGAGGAGUAGGAGCAAGGAGAAGAGUAGAAGCAAAGACAGGGAGAAGAGCAUUAGCAAGGCUAGAAGCAGGAGCAAGAGCAGGGAUGAGAGUAGGAGCAGGAGCCACAGUAAGGAUAAAAGGAAAAGUAGGAAGAGAAGCAGGGAUGACAGCAGAAGUAGAAGCAGGAGCCGCAGCAAGAGUGAGAAAAGCAAGAGGCGCAGCAAGCGAGACAGCAAACCAAGUAGCAAGAAGAAAAGGAAGGACAGCCGCGAGCGGUCCAGGUCAGCCUCCAAAGAAAAGGAGCAUCUAAAAUCAGAUUCUGACAAGAAGGAGGCAAAAGGUGAGGGUGAGGAUGCAGCCGCACGGCGGGUGUCUCGCUCCAGGUCUAGGUCGAUUUCCAAGUCAAAACCAAAUGUCAAAUCAGAUUCUCGUUCCAGGUCUAAAUCUGUUUCAAAGCCUAGGUCCCGGUCCAAGUCUAGGUCUAGGUCUGCCUCUAGGUCACACUCCCGAUCACGGUCAAGGUCACGCUCCAGAUCCUAACCCUGCUGCAACCACACUUGGAACGAUUGGAAAAGUCUUUUGUACGUGUUUAGUAGCUGUAGCGCAAGUGAUUUGAAGUAGAAAACAUGUCGAUGCUGUAUAUUUUUAACAACCCUGAUGGCAUGUCUGUCAUUGUUCGCUGCAGUGCUCCCUCCCUGCAGCGCGCUCUGGCGCAAGGCUGUUCAGCUCAUUUUCUGUCCUACAGAAAGGUUCUCUUCAAAUAUAACUCUUCCUAGAGCACCAAAAUUGCCCUGUUUUCCAGGAAGAGCCUUGCAGAGAAUGAGCACUGCACCUUGGUGGGUUUAUGAGAUUGCAGUGAUGACUGAUAGGUAGGUACGACGGCUUCACCAGUCUUUGCCCUUGAAGUGGUGCCCUUUGAUGUAUGCCAUUUAGUGGAAGUGCUAAGUCUUAAGUUUCAUACUACUUUUGUUUCAUAUUUUUUUGGACUUACAAAGUUGUGAAUAGCACAGUCAAAAAGGGAAAAAAAAAAAAAAAUAGGUACUUGCAGUAAUCCAUAGGGAAAAGAAGUAUAGUUCCAUAUUCUGGUAUUGUGACAAUAUCCUUGUUUUAUAUUAAAUUUUUUUAUUUUAUUUUUCCCUGUCUUGCAAAGUACAGUGAUUCCUGUUUCCAUGAAAUUUGAAUAAAGACUAUUUUUGCUUGAUGACA